AUGCUGGGGCUGUCGCGCCCACCGCCGCUGUGGCCUCCACGCGUUACCAAGUCGUUGGCCCUGUCCGCGGACUUGUCCUUGCUGAGGUGCUUGGGCGUCCGGCUGCCGCAUGUGAAGCCCCGCCACGGCUCCCUUGAUUCGCGCGUGAGCAACAGAAUCCGACCGUGCUCGGCGGGGAUGGGUGUUCAAUUUGGGUCCCUCGACGUCAGGGAGAUGUCCCUGGUCGGCACCCUCGUCCUGGACUUCGCCAUCAACUGGCUGGCCUGGGGCGUGGCAGCAAUUUUCCAGACAGAAAAAUUCUACGACUUGACUGGGAGCAUUUCUUACAUCACUGUGGGUCUUGCCUCAUUGCUGAACAGCGGAUUCUACCAUGCAAGACAGAUUGGCGCCACAUCAAUGGUGUUGCUUUGGACAGUUCGCCUUGGUGGGUUCCUUUUCUACCGAGCACUGAAAACAGGAGGCGACAGCCGAUUCGAUGAAGUAAAGAAAAACCCUGGACAGUACUUUGUGUACUGGACCCUUCAGGCUGUUUGGGUGUGGGUUUGCAGCCUGCCCGUGAUUUUGCUGAAUGGCGCCUCACGGAACCCAGGACUCGGGUGGACGGAUGUAAUAGGGAUUGUGCUGUACACCACUGGAUUCCUGACUGAGAUGAUCGCGGACUUCCAGAAAUUUGCUUUCAAGAGUGAUCCUUCCAACAAGGGGCGAUUUGUGGAUGUUGGUCUGUGGCAGUAUGCUCGCUUCCCACAGUAUUUCGGAGAGAUGCUUACAUGGUAA